AUGAAAACGCGCCAUGCAGAAACACAGACCGGGAGAAAGUUCACUAUAUCAGCUCGCACCUCCAAUCAUGUCCGCUCACUCCUGCACUCAGGAACCAUGGACGUGUCGAGAGACCAGCACACUCUUGGUGACAUCUGUGCCAGUCAAAUGAAACCAUGCGGGCGGACAGCCACAGUGAAACACAAGGAUAAAGUACUGGUUCCUCGUAGCAGCAGUCCAGUCACAGUGUAUGUGGAACUUCCUUGCGUCAUUGAGCAAGAAAAAAAUAACUUGGUAUUUGAUGUGUUUGCAGCUUUCUCAACAAUAUCGUGGGAUGAUUUGGAAGAGUGCACGUCUGCAGUGAGGAGAGGGUGCGAUUCCCUGAGUCAUCAGGUGACUGAACUGGAUACAGACGAACAAGACUUCGGAGAUUAUGCCUUGGAUUUUACCGCAGAUUCUCCGGCCACACUAGAGAGCAGUCUGUCUCCAGCGGAACUGGUGCCGUUUCAGGGAUGUGUCAUUCCUCCCCUCACUCCCCAGCCGGACUUUUGUCCAGAGUUGAACUCCUUCAACCCUCCUGCCCAGAACAGAGAUGUCUGGGUGGACGCUGCUCAGUGUCAGAGCCGGGCACUGGGACAGUCCUUGGAAUUUAACAACCACCUCCACGAGACUCUUCACAGACAACAGGAGGAGAUCAGCUCUCUACAGGAGAGAAACCUUUACUUGGGGCAGUUGGCCACAAGGGCAAAGCACCUGGCCUCUGUACUUGAAGUAAGCAUUCCACCAAGAGCAGCACUGGCGGCUCAGUGUGUUCCACAGGCUGUCUUUGAACAGGGUUUGAUCCCUGGCUCUAAUAGUCUACAUUGGUCUAAUAGUCAAGAAGUUUUUAAACUAAUGACAGUCAGAGACCCCAAUGAAAACGAGCCUGUUCUGACCCCUGGAGUCAAACUUUCACUCAGUCCCUGUAAGAGGCAGCGCCUGGACGAAGGAUAUGAAACAGAAGCAUCCGAUUCCGUGGAGGACAUCCUGCGGGACAUCAGCACCCGCUGCAAUGCCGUCCUGCACGGUACCAUUACCGAAACUGCGGUAGCGCAGGAUGCCCCAGAGACCCAAAUCCGCACAUUCGGUGCAUUCUCGGGCCUACAGGUAAACAUUCCCACAAACAACAGUGUGGCACCUGAUGGACUGCAGGCCAAGGAUUGCAUCUCGUCUUUUAGAACUUCUAUAAGAGAACACCGCACCAUAAGGACUCAGGUGUUACCUCACGGACGUGCCUUCACCUCCAGGACUCAGGACGAUGGAUACUGCUUUCGGUGGGUGCCCAACCACAGCUGAGACAAGAAUGAAGGACCCCAAGAGCAGAUCCAUCAUGUGCUGCCAGCCAAGGGAGCUGCUCAGGAAUUGGAAGGAAGUGUGGGUGGGCGCAGACGGCUAAUGCUUAACUGAUAGCGGUGAUAGCUGUAAAUGAUUAAUUCAAGUCUUCCUCAGGUAGCCAUGGGGGCUAAUCAGUCAGGUGGCGCUCAACAAAAGGAAACAACACUGCCUGAGCUGGUGUUUACAUUCACUUGUGUCUGUUUACAAGCCUCAAUGUCAUGUUUAAUUUUGGGCCUCGCAUCAUUGAUGGUGUCGAGGUCCAGAGAACGAUUGUUAGUUUUAGAAUAAAAGAUUCUGGAACAUGCUUUAUUUUAUUUUACUGACUUUUGUUUUUACUUUCUUUGCCAUUCAGUGAUAUGUCAAUAACUGUAUUUUUGGUCAAUUUCGUUCAUUGUUUGAGCAGUGAAACUGAUGCUAGCCUUUGACCUUUGUGCCUUUGUUCCCAUUUGUCGCCGUCUGUGUGGUCUGACAAAGCAGAAAAACUGAGUCAUGAUAUGUAGCAGCCAAGGAUUCAGUUAUUUCCUCAAAUGUGAUGUCUGUGUAGAAAAAGGAUUGUUGUUUCUAUUUUUUAUUCACUGAAAAUGUCUUUAUAUAAAAAAACACACAGCUACAAAA